UAAUUUCAGCAAAUCGCGACACCUUCACCUCUCUAAUUUUCUACAACAUUCAAAUUCACUGAUCCUUCCGAUACCGAUAUUGUACGAGAAACCAUGGCUUCAGAUGCGGAUAUGGAAGAUUACGGAUUUGAGUACUCCGAUGAGGAGCCUGAGGAACAAGACGUUGAUAUUGAGAAUCAAUAUUACAAUUCCAAAGGUUUGCUAGAAACAGACCCUGAAGGAGCGCUUGUUGGUUUUUCUGAAGUGGUUAGCAUGGAGCCUGAGAAGGCUGAGUGGGGAUUCAAAGCUCUGAAGCAAACUGUAAAGAUCUAUUACCGUUUAGGGAGCUAG